UUUUUAUACUCUGUAUAUAAAAGUAAUUUACAAGGUGUUCUAUAUUUUUGAAGAUUACUGAAUUUUUGUAAUUAGUUGAGAUGUUUUUCUUUUCUUUGUAUUCACAUCUAUGCGUGGCAAUUUGUUUCGUGUGUAGCUUGCACGGGGAGGAUUACAUCGAGAAGAAAAUCAUCAACGGAAGAAAAACCAGUCUCAAAAAGUAUCCAUUCGCAGUGUCCAUCAUGACUACAUCAAAGCCUCAUAUUUGCGGUGGGUCUAUUAUAACGAAAACGCUGGUAACGUCUGCGUGCCAUUGCUUCCGCUCGAACGUGUCUGGUUCAGUAAAUGAAGUACCUCCUAUAUUCCUUCAUGUCAGAGCUGGGAUCGUCAACUUAAAAUAUUCGGCGAAGUCCGAGCAGCUGCGCUACGUAGACAAAAUUUACAUUCAUCCGAAGUGUGUUAUCACGGAUAAGAGCUUGUAUUAUGACAUCGCACUGCUUCGCAUAUCGCCUUCAUUUAUCUUCAACGAUUAUGUCAAACCGAUCUCGCUUCCGUUCAGUUUAACUAAAACAGAGCAUGGACAAGUAAAUUUGACGUAUUAUACCGAAAUUCGUCUUUACUGCUACGUAGCGGGCUGGGGGAAGAAUAACCACGAGAACGUCAGCAAUGACCUCAUGGAAGUUGCCAUCCCGUUGAUGCCUUUUAAAACAUGUUCUGAUACAAUUUCAGCAGUUUCAAAAGGCAAUUUUACCGUCUCCGACCCAACGUCGCAGAUUUGCGCGUCAGUAGUCGAAGGGAAAGACGCAUGCACGGGUGAUUCAGGCAGCGGGUUAAAAUGUGGAAAAUACCUCCUUGGAAUGGUUUCCUGGGGAGUCGGAUGUGCUAACGUUAGUUACCCAGCUGUAUUCGCCAAGAUCGAUUGCGCGAAGGCGUUCUUCCGAGAGGUCUUCUUGAGUAAAGGGAAUUUUUUGAAUGGCAGCAGUAUGUGGGUGUUUCUCAUUGCUAUCUCCUUAUCUUCAACGUAAAUCACUAAUAAAUUGAA